GGUUAAGUUUCGUGUGUGCGGUGUACGCGCAGUGUUUGUUGUUUAUAAAAUCGCCAAUUUUCAGAGUAACUAUGGACGAAACAGAUGCCGAAUUUGUAAAUUCAAAUGACGACACGGAGGAUGAUAAAAAUGACACAAAAGCAGUUAGUUAUGCGGUGAAAAAAAUGAUGGAGAGGAUGCUUGGUGAGCGUAAUUACACAAUGCGAGCAAUGCAACACAAUACCAAUCCACAUCUCAACUGUUCGCGGUACAAUAUUCCAUCAAAACAUUUACAAAAGACUGAGUUGAGGGUGACUUUACCAACUCCCGUCUUCACUUCCACGCAUGGCUCCUUGGAAAUAGAUCCAAGUUGUAAACGCGUACUUGAACAUCGUCGGUAUAUGAAUUCUUUGCGAUGGAUGCCUUACGCAUACAAAAGAUGCGAAUCAAAGAAAGUAUACCGCAAUGUCCGCAAAAAAGGAGUGUAUUCGUACAAUAUCAUAAACUUUGCACGGCUAUUGGAGCAGAACCCGGACGAGUAUUUUAGUGGUCGAUAUGACUGGUAUUACACGGGCGGCAAUCUUGAUACAUUCAAUUAUAACGACGAGAAAUACGUAGUACAUGCAACAGGAAAACGUCUUGUAGACUUAAACAUAUCAAAAGCGGAGACACACAUGAAUCACACAAAACUGACACGCAUUUUGAGGAAACGAACAAAAGUUUUGCUAAGUGGAAACAGGAAUCCAGAAAUAUUAGAAAUUCAGACAUUGAACCGCUCGCAUCUGUCAGUGAGAAGACGGAAUUAUCUUUCAUUGUAUACAUUCGAGGACGACGCCCUGAAAUAUCGUUUUCAUCUGCACAAUGGGGUUGUGCCCUUUAUCAGUUCAACAAAGGAAUCUGAUACAUCUGCAAAUAUUUUAACCUCUGACCUGAACAAAACUGUUGCCUUGUGGGAUCUCAACGUUUCAGCAGAAAGACCCAAACAGUUGCUUUUUUCAUUGAAAAAUAACGAAAAAUGUAGCAAUUGGAAUUGCCUCCGGUAUAUAGACGAUAAUAUCUAUGGUUUUGCGGAUCAAAACAAAUUUUACACUUUAGAUUCGCGUCAGUCUCCGGAAGCAAAUCAUUUAUCGUACUACAAUGUGCAUCCUCAUACAGAACUUUGCGAUAUAAAUACAAUAAUGUGCCCUAGUCAGUUUCGAGACUUGAUCUAUUUGGGGUCUACGCAUACGCUUUUGGCUAUAGACAGACGUUUCAUGGGUUCCAACUUUAAGGAAAAUCAACAUAUUGUUAUGAAGUGGACGCAUCAAAUGAGUGGAUAUCCACUCAUGCUCCGUACAACACAUCUGGAUAAUGUCGAGACGAUUCUUAUGGCCAGUAACAUAAAUGGCGAUGUUCGAAUUUGUGAGAAUAAUCGGGUGACAUUAAGGGAACCAGUAACUGAGGACGAUAAUUUGGCGUUUGCAUACUCUUCACCCAGUUUGCCAAUAGUCCCACCUAGUAUGAAUGAUGCUUACAGAAGGGCUAGGUUGGAAGGACUUUGCUUGAAUCCAUAUACGUUCAUGGAACAACGUUUAAGACAUUGUCACGUGGGUGUCAGUUUUUUAAAUACUGAAGAAUAUCAAUCUAUACUGGUAGCAAAUAGCAAUGGAGACAUAUUUUCGCAUAUUUUAACCGAUGCCCACGAAGAAGCCAUGAUUAACGAGGAUAAUCUAGCAACAAUGAAACAAUGGCAAGAUGAGCUCUUGAAUAUUGACAUUCAAAACAGACCUGCUCUAAAUGUGACUACUGUUCAAAAUCUGGAGUCUUUGAAGAAGGUUUUCCGUUGCGAUCAACUAAAUGUUGGCGCAGAAGAGGAAGAUCCCCUAAGUGAUCAAGUAGGCAGCGGAAUUCCUCGUGGAAGAUGGCGGCGCUCAACGAAAAUGCUUCAAGGAUUUAAAGAUUUUUUGGCUGCUGAUAUUCUUAGUAUUUGGGAUCUAGAACAAGAUCAUGGUGAGAAUGCUGAGCGACUUGUUCUUCCUUCACAAGUAGAGGAGCCUGUAGAGAAAGAUAUUGAUAAGUGGCUGAAAGAAAAUGAGGUAGCGGAAGUCGAUGAGAGCAUACUAAGCACAUUGAAUUUGCCGAUAGACAACACUUUAAAUGAAUCCGCAUUAAAUAGUAAAGUUUUAGAUGAACCGGUUUCACAGAAAAGGACUAUUAAGCCGGCAAAGCGGAAAUAUGUAAAAGGAUUUUAAUUUUACAGCGAUAGAUAGAUUUUAAGUUAAAAAAUUCAUUUGUUUUUAAUAUAACGUACUGUACUGCUUUAGGUGAUGAUAUUCAUCACUUAUUAUUAAAUUUUUAUAAAAUAAAAAGCAUGCAUACUUGUAUGCAUCUAACAUCUCA